AACUGUUUGAUCUAAAUUAGGCUAUAUUUUUGUCACACUAGCAUGAUUCAGGAUAUUUUCAGUCGGUGAACUCAGUUCACUCAACUCACUGGGAAUUGAAUGUGUACUGUGUUAUGUAAGGUGAUUCAGCACUUUCUGAUUACUUCGUUCAGUAUAACAGAACAGGGCUGUAUUUCCAACUUUUUGCCAACUCUUGAGUAUUUUAUGUAAACGUAAGUUUGACGUAAUUAAUUGCUUCUUUAUAAUUAUAAUAAUAUAUAUUUAAAUUAUUAUGCUGACCACCCAUUCACAUUUCACAUUGGAUUUGGAAUCAUCCGGUAAAAUCAUUCUGUUAAAAAGUGACUUCGAUUUUGAUUCAUUUAUAAUUAUUCAUAUUCUGUCAAUGAUUCAAUUGUUAUUCAUACUAGCAUAAAAAAUAGUAAUACUAAUAGUAACUUGUACCUACUAAUCAUAAUGAUACUUGAUACAAUUUUAAUACAUUGAUGACUGUCAAUAAUACAUUUUGCCUAUCCACUAUCCUAUGCCUAUAUUAUAUAUAGAUAAUAGUAAUAGACUAGACUAAGACUAAGAUUGUUAGAAGAUUGAGACUACCGGCAUAGGCCUACAUUGUAAUAAGGGGAGAGACUGCUUUCAGGUUAGCACAAUGUAAAAUGAGUAAAACGAAGUAGGGUUAAACCUGGGGGAAAAGGAACGCAAUAAAACAACGAACGUAAGUAAAAGUAAGCAAAACUUUUUCCUUUUUCAAAUGACAAAUUUAGCCCUUUGAUUUUGACUAGGUUUUAAAUUAAUCAGUUACUGAUUUAGUCUACUUAUUAAUCACAUUGGCCAUAAUAAAUAGCAGGAAUACAGUAAAUGUUUGAUGUGUCAGUGAUCAAAUUAAACUUCAUUCUUUGGUAAUUUCAUUCAUAUUUUCAUUAAUUCUGAAAUAGACAAGAUCCAAUGCCGAUGCUAUUGUUCAAAUGUUUUUAUCACAUCAAAUAAACUUGGUGUCUGUGCCAUCAACGCCUUAAUGCUGGCCACCUGAAAAUGCUGUUAUUUAUAUGCUGCUAUUUAUAGUGCAUAUUUGCUUUACACCAUCCUGAAAAAAUAUGUACACAAACUAAGCAUUUUAAGGUAUAUUAUAUUAAGCACUAUACUCAAAGAAACUGGACAUAGAGUUAAGAUUACUGAGGUCGGUAUAUAAUGCAGCAUUUAUGAUUGACAUGUUCAGGUCACAAACAUAAAAGCAUGAAGGUGAUUUUAAUAACAGAUCCAGAAAAUAAAGAUGUAUUAAUUACAAUAGCUUGCCCCUGACUUUUUAAAUAUUUUAGUUUAUUUACUUUAAGUCAUAUAUAUUAAGUGGACAUUUUGUUUUCUUUUUACUGGGGAUUUCUGUCUAUUCAACUCGACAGUCUUGUUUAAACCCGAAUCUUGAUACAACUCCAUACAUUUUUUUGAGCAGUCACAAUUUUAACUUUUACAUGCUUCAAAUACAUAAUCCAAGUAUAUAAAACAAGUUCAUAGGCAGACUGAAAGAACUCCAUUGAGAUUUUCAAAAACAUAAGUUUUUAAUUUCUCAUUAUUUGUUGUUUCUUGUUUUGUCUAGUCUGCUAAAGACAUUUAGCCGAAACGUCCUUUUAAUGUCCUGUAUUUUUUUUUCAAGCCUAAACAUAUCUUGUUCCACUAUUUAUUUUUCAGUUUUAAGGUGCCCCCCCCCCCCUUAUAUUAUCCUUCAUUUACUUUUUUAUUUCCUUUUUUUUUUUUUCAGCCCAAACAUUUCUUGUUUCCCUAUUUAUUUUUCAGUUUUUAGGUGCCCCCCCCCCCCCUUAUAUUAUCCUUCAUUUACCAUGUUAGUCCUUUUUAAAAAGUUAAACCAUAUUGUUUUCAGAAUAAAUGGUAGAUUAGUAUAUUAUGACAUGUGAAAGGCAGAAAUGACAUAGCUGUCAUCAAGUCAUUAUUAGUAGUAUGUAAUUUCACCUAUGGUAUGCAAGCCUUGCAUAAUCUCUGACAAUUAGGUCACUAUGUUAAUUAUAUUUUUAGGCUAUGUUUGUUACAGUUGGCAUAGAUCAUUCAUUAUAAAAGUUUGGGAAAUCUAUUAAUUUGUGUUUGUCUAAACAAAGGUAUGUCUCUGCCAUGUGCAUAAUUAUAUAUUCAUAAGGAAAAAUAUUAUCAUACAAACUCAUGUCCAUUUAGAUCUAAAUAUAAUGCGCUAUUAGAAAUAGAUUAUUAUAUACUUUUAAUCUUGCAUGAUUAUGGAAGGCCACGCUGAAAAGUAAAAAGUUUAAAAUAUUGAUCGCACACAACUUCAUUACUAGUUCAAAAAGAAUAUGCAAUCCACAGAUUUCAACAAAAAUUUUUUUCAAAAAUUGCAAAGACCAUUAAUUUUUCAAUAAAAAGCAAAGACUUCUUUGACUUGUUUGAACUGUUUUGUGAAUUAUCUAACAACUAAUCACUCGCUGUUUCACUCAUUUUAGCUCUGAAAAUAUUUUAAUGAUGUGAUCAACUGAGCACUAGGUGUCAAAUUAUUAUCAUAUAAGGCUUCAACUAUGUUUCAGACUCUUGAGUUGUGAAUGGGUCUGUUAACUGAGGGCACAGCUCUCUCUUGGGAGGAGACAAAGAAACACGCCGAUCAUGUUCGUAAACAUGGCAUCAAGCAGUUCCUGGCUCAGUAUAGGAAGCUGAUGGCUCGGAAGAAAGAUGUUUUGUACUGGGGAGAUGAGGUCAGAGCUGGUAUUUGAUCAAUGAAGUGCCAAUAAAAAAUGUCAUUAGUAUUUAAAAAUAAUGCACAGUUAAUGACAUUUUCCAUUAUCCUUUUUUUUAUCUCCCUGAUUUUCUGCUUUAACUUGUAACUUCAGAAAUGUAAAAAAAUAGUUUUACGUGUAAAAAAAUAGUUUUACUUUUUGAAUACCUGUGAUACUGGAGGUUGAGAGUUUAAAAAAAAAAUUCUCCAUAAAUAUUUAAGUCUCAACAUUUUAACUUUGUUAAACUGAAAAUAAAUUUUAAAUGGCAGCCAACUUGAAUGUGUAAAUGCAGGUUUUAGUUGCCUUGGUCGUAUAUCAUCAUAAAUGCAAAAAAUAAUUUAUUUAGAUCUAAACAUGGAGUUUAUUUAGAUCUGAACAUGGAACAGAUUUUCUUCAACAGGUUGAAUAUCAGUUGGUUAAAUUUGACCAUGUCAAUAAAAAAGUUUAUGUGGCCUUGAGAGCCCAGGAUGUGCUCAAAGGACUGACUGAGAAAGUUCAACAGAAGUCGGAGUGAGUAUUCUGUAAAUUUUUCUGAACUGCUAUUGCUUACCACUAAUAAACUUUAUCAGUAAAAUAAAAUAAUUCACUGUUCAAAUGUGAACCCGGGCCAUUACUGUAGAUUAUAUUGCUUAUUAAAUACAUUAUUUUGUAUGGCUGAUUUUUUUUUUUACUUCACUACAUUUUAUAGUGUGAACCAUUUGUUCCAUACCUUGUAGUGAUGUAAAUAAUUCUUAUUAAUCUAGGCUUAGCUUUGGAGGAAUCUUAUUCUUGUCAAAUAAUUUUAUUUGAAAUGCAUACUGAUUCAAUCUUACAUGUCAUUGUCUAUGACAGGAGUGGCCUUUACAAACUGAUUCAAUCCCUUGUCAUUGUUAUGACGGGGGGGGGGGGGGCCUAUACAUACUGAUUCAAUCCUUUAUGUCAUUGUCUAUGACAGGAGUGGCCCACCCAAAGGCUUAACAGCCCACUUUGUCAAUAAUUAAUGUUUAGAAAAUUGUAUUAAAUCUUAAUGCACACAAUUAACUUCAUAAUACCAAAAAAAUAUAUAACUAUCUGUGGUAUCUUUUGCUCCCACUGAACCUUUUAAAAUUGGUUUCUUUUUGAAUGAAAUGAAGCCUUAAUGUGUCUGUGGUAUAUCGGCUUCCGAGGGACAGCAACAUUCAACAUUAGUGGCACGCUUGUUGGCACAUGUCUUGUCAUCUAUUAGCGAACGGAAUGUUUUAUUUCUCAAAGUGUUGACCAGUAUCAUUUGGUGGUUUUUUUCCCAAUCUCUCUCCACCAGCACAUCUGCCUCCACCUCCUGGCAUCCUGAAUAUGCAGAGUACAUGGUGGAAGGCACACCUGGCAAACCCUAUGGGGGAAUGAUAGCCCACUUCAACAUAGUGGAGGCAAACAUGUCUUUAAGGUGAGACCAUGAUACGCAUUCAGAAAGGUUAAUUUUUGUUCUGUGUCUAGUAGCAUAGUUAACCACCACAUUAGAUCACUCAGUAAAUGAAUAAAAGAAGGAAAUGUUUAAUCUUUCAAUAGUUAUUCCAUCAAUAAGAUAUUAAGAUAUUUACAAUUUCGUAAAGUUUUUAUGAAUCUUCUUUCAAGUAUUCGUUGAAAUUUUACAAGCCUAAAAAACUUCAUUGUAAAGAGGAGCUACUUUAAAGUUGGGAAAUUUUUCAUUGACAUGAAAUAAUAUCCUGCCUGAACUAUGAAAGUUCAAUAGUAUUGCAUAAAUAAGGUUUGCAAUAAUGAAACAUAUAGUGGGUUGGUCAAUAAUGUUUCUGUAUUUCAUGUAACGCAGGCGGCAGGAGAUCCAAGCAGAGCUGAAGGAAGAUGAAGCUCCACUCUCUCUCACCGCCUUCCCAAGGUAAUAAUUCCCUCUGAAUCCUCCUCUCUACUCUCUUUUUUUAUUCAGACAACCUUCUGUUAUGACACUUGUACCUCAUUAGAACAGCUGAAAACACAACCUCCUUCAUGCGAUUUCUUGUGUCAGUGGUGUAGCCCCUCAUCAAAGACAUCAAAUAUCUAUUCUACUCCAAAGUGUAUUUAUUCUAUCACAGUAUUUUUGGGACAUUAUUUUAAAGAUGGCAUAAGCAGGGCAUAGCAUUCAUUUUUGUUGUCAGGCCUGCUCCACUCAAAUUAAAAAGGAUUGCACAGCUCCCUAAAUAAAUGUGAGUGUAGGGCCUGUGAAAUGGGCUAUAAACCGCGAAGUUCAAGAUGAAAAACACCUUUAUUGAAUCUUGUAAGUUUGGUGUUAUAUAGCCACUCUCCCUUUGACCAAAUGUAACAGCAUCAACUCAUGCUGUCUGGUUUUAACUGGGUCACUUGUACCAUUAAGUCAUCAUGUAGGUAGAUCAGCAUGCAAGCACUGUGUCUUAAUAUAAAACUGUUCAGUUUCACUAUCUAAUAAAAACUGUUCAGUUUCACUAUCUGACCAUUUGACCUGUGCCAGAAAUCCUGUCACUUUGUAAACUGAUCAGCCAGAGAGGAAGUGGUGCUCAAGAUAAGACACCUGUGCUGAAUCGACCCAUUGCCCACACACAGUUACAUCUCAUAAUAGGCUUUUGGUUCACCCAGUAAAACUUAUGGCAUUCAUUAUCAGUAAAAAUAAAAUUUUAAAAUUUUUUUUUUUUUUUUAAGGCCCCCCCCCCCCCUAUUUUUUUUAACCAUUUUUUUUUAUGGUUACAUAAUUGACUCCCCACUAUUUUAUCUUUAACUUUUAACAGUGGUGUAAAAUGAAAAAUAUACAUUGAUGCCAACCUACCGGAAUUGAAGGGAAGAACAUAAGACUCCCAUCAACAAAUGAUGGGCUUUAAUACUUUUAUUUUUUUCUUAAUUCAUUGUUGUCACCAUUUUUUCAAGAAACAUUUUUCCGAAACAGGAACAAAGUGAUUGCCUCUUUAUUCUUUGGGUCAAAGAAAAUGUAAAGAUGCCAAUGGACAUUUGGGAAGUUGUUUCAGAAUUUAUGAGUUUCAUUAACUCUGGGUUGUUUUAAUUUUUAACCCAAUCUAUUUUCUCCUAGGCUUGGCUGUGGAAUUUUUACGUGGCCGGAAGCAAAACCUGAUCCAGUGAGUGGAGUGUCAAGGUCACUGUUUUUUCCAGAUGAGGCAAUUAACCAGGGUCAUGUUAGAUUCAAGUAAGUUAUCAGGCAUGUAAUUUCAUUAGUAUCGAUUUCUCCACCUUCUCUCUAACUGCUGCAGAGCUAAUUUAAAACAAAAGUUAAAAAAUCAAUAGGAAAAAUAAUUUCGUACAUUUUUAAACAAUUAUUCAUUUCAGAACUUUAACCAGAAAUAUCAGAACUCGGCGAAAAGAAAAGGUAGCCAUCAAUGUACCAAGUAGGUUAACAUUAAACAUUUUUUAAACCUUGUAAAAGAAGACAGAGGGUUGUAAAGUGGUGCCAACAAAUUAACAUUGUUUUCAUAUCUCACUUAUCAUCUUAUGAAAUUAUUCUCAAACAUAAAGGAUUUGUGUUGAAAAUGUUAAGCAUCAUUUAGUUGGUGAAUCAUCCAAUUGACCAUAUAAUGCGUGUGCAAUAUUACCAUGCUGUUUUUUUUUCUCGCCAGUAUUCAAAGACGUCAACACAAAGUCCCCAUUUGUAGAAGAUUUCUCAAUUCUUGGAGAUGAUGGAUCCAGCGCAGCUGCUGCCAAACCCGACCACAUCUACAUGGACUGCAUGGGGUUUGGCAUGGGAAACUGUUGUCUGCAGGUCACGUUCCAGGCCUGCAACAUAGAUGAGGCCAAGACAUUGUACGACCAACUGGCUGGCAUGUGUCCCAUUAUGGUCAGUGGUCAUUUAAAUUAAUCUUUUCUACAUUUUUGUUGUUUUACGAGCUGUUCCUUUCCAUAUAAAAAUGUUUAAUCAACAGACUAUUUGCUUGAUGUUAACAGUGCUGUAAGCAAGAAGCAUAAUAAAAAGCUUUAAAAAAAUAUUCAUUUUACCUUAACCUAUCACAUCAUUAUCUGAAUGCAAAGAUAGAGAUUUUGCUCUUAUUACACUUUUCUAAAAUUAGUUUAAAUUAAAUGCAGUCACACCUCACUCAAUAACAUGCCUGAUUGAAUACUGCUCUGAUUCACAAACAACUUCAUGGCCAGGGCAAUACUUUUUUUUAUAUAAUAUGAAUGAUCCAAAAUUUUUUUUUUUUUAUUCACGUCUAUGAUUGUCCCUGCUUGUGCAUGUACCUGCUUGUGUUGUAUGUAUGUUCCUGUUUGUGUUGUGUAUGUGACAAAUUUAUCAAGGUUAGAUUUUCCUUGUUAAUUAAUUUAAGUUUAUUUUUCAUUUUAAAAUUAACCUCCUAUUUUAUUGACCUGCUUAAUGCCCAGGUUGUAGCAACAGAACUUGGUCACCAAGUGAAGAGUUCCUGUAAGGUGCUCAUAGUAUUUAAACUUUAAUUUAAUUUUUUUUCACACUCAACACGCCCAAAAAAAAAUAUUUUUUUUUAAAGAAAAGAAUUUGAAUAAACUGUGCCACAAAGUAUCCAGUAAACAAAAGACUUCAACCGUACUAUACAUUUUAUUUGUAAAUGUUUGAAAGUUUAUUUGUUUUACUUCACUCCUUAAGCUUGCCUUGAGUGCCAGCUCCCCCAUCUACAGAGGCUACCUGUCUGACAUUGACACCAGGUGGCCGGUGAUUGCCUCCUCUGUGGACGACAGGACCAAGGAGGAGAGGGGCCUAGAGGUAAGGAAACAACCUGUGUGUACCAGAGACUAGAAGCAUCUUAUCCUAUUGGGUCAAAAUUUCUGGACCUCAUGAGACCGAAUGGAUUGAAAUCGGGACUAUUUAAAGCUCAACAUGAGUCCGAAUGGAUUUAAAUUGGGACUAUUUAAAGGUCAAAAGACAGAAUAGAUUAAAAUUGGGACUAUUUGAAUCUCAACAGGAGACCAAAUGGAUUGAAUUUGGGACUAUUUAAAUCUGAAAACUGUUUAAGCAUUCAGUUGCAGAGGUCAUCUAAAUCUUUAGUCAUAAAAGCAGAAGAGGAAUUGUUGAAUUUUUUUUUUCAUUUAGUUAGUUUCUUUGGGGGAUGGGGUGAGAUUAGAGUACAACCAGCCUGGGGUUGAAGCCUUGAUUUAAAUGUAAAUAAAAAAAAAAAUUUUUUAUAGCUGACACCAUGAUUGUAUAUUUGGGCGGUUGGUAAAAAAAUAUAAUGACCUAUCAGGCCUGGAAUAAAGAUCUCUAUUUACUGAUGUUUUCUUGUCUUUUUAAUGUGCAGGAUUUAUGUUUUGAUUAUCUGACUCUCCCUCACAACAUUUCUUCUCCUUCCCAGCCACUGAAGGAGGACAGGUUUCUCAUCCACAAGUCCCGCUAUGAUUCCAUAGACAGUUACAUAUCCCCGUUGGGGCGAUGCUACAACGACAUCCCCUUGAUUCUGGAUCAGGAUCUGUGUGAUGAGCUCAUUGAAGGAGGUAAUGUGGGGUGUAACCUAGAAGUUGAACAGUGCAAGUAAUCCAUCAUGAUUUGUCUUAAACCAUCUUUUUAGAUGUUUAAAAGAUCUCACAAAGGUUAUGUUACUACUCCUCAUUACGUUAGUACUUCUCAUUAUGUUAAUACUUCUCAUUAUAUAUGUUAGUACUUCUUAUUAUAUAUAUUAGUACUUAUCUUUAUGUUGAUGCUUGUCAAAAAAGAAAAAAAAAAGAAAAAUUGUGAUGUAAAAUAUAAGUAAUCUUCAGUUAUUAUGGGAACACAAAACUUAUAAAUUAAAGCUAAUGCUCAGGCCACUUCAAUAGUUGUUUUAAAAAAAAAAUUCAAUGCUAAUAUGGCAGAGGAGAGCAGUCACAUGGUUUGCUGUCCUUAGAGCUCCCCUUCUGACAAAGCUUUGAAACCUCUAUCCGGACAGCCAUACUGUCUUUGAUGCUAUUUGAUGUACUGUAUUUGAUAUUUGAUGUACUGUCUUUGAUAUUUGAUGUACUGUCUUUGAUGAUAUAUGAUGUACAGUCUUUGAUGAUAUUUGAUCCUUCUGCACCCUAUUGGUUAAAAGAUUUCGCAGUCAAGAGUUUAUGUCUAAGUAUUCCACCCUCAGGUGUUGAUGAUCUGCUGGCCAGGCAUAUAGCUCACCUGUUCAUCCGUGACCCAGUUUCAGUGUUUGCAGAGAAGCUGGAUCUGGAUGAUGAGAAUGACACUGAUCAUUUUGAGGUAUGUCACUUUGAAAGCCCAGACAAAACAAAAAUGGUCAUUUACAUGUGCAUGAUACAUGUGCAUGAUAUAUUUGCAUUCACAUGUGCUAGUACACAUAUUUACGUAAAUGAUGAUAUCCGUGACCACAAUGCACUUGUUUUCUCCAGAACAUCCAGUCCACCAACUGGCAGACGAUGAGGUUCAAGCCACCGCCGCCCAACUCAAAUAUUGGCUGGAGAGUGGAGUUCAGACCCAUGGAGGUACCCUAUUUAAUUUGUGCUCUAUAUGAGCGUUAGUGUUUUCUUUUGUACUCUUUCAGAGUAUUGAGAAUCAUGAUUUCUAGAGGGGGUGGGGGGGGGGGCAGGGGUAGGUUGCUGUCGGGUGCAUAAUUGAUUUGAAAAAUGUAAAUUUUCACAUUUUUUGGUUUUACUCAGAGUUUUAUUUCAUUAGAAUAUUGAUAGCUGUCAUAACCUUGUCACUUCCAUACCAUAAACAUGUCAUCUCCAGGCCCAGCUGACAGACUUUGAGAAUGCUGCGUUCACUGUGUUCAUUGUCCUCCUGACACGUGUCAUCUUGUCCUACAAACUCAACUUUGUCAUCCCCAUUUCUAAGGUAAUUUGCUUUUACAAAAAAAAAUUUCUAUGUAACUACCGACCACUUGCUCAAGCUGAAAUAAGAUUUUUUAAGAAAAAAAAUUUCUUCUUGACUUAUUGUGCUUCCUCUUAAAUAUUAAAACAGUACCCCCCUCUAUAGCAAUUUUGGUGAUAAGCUCUCUACAGAAAUCUUGGUGAAAAGGACACUCUAUAGCAAUCUUGAUAUACAGCAAUCUUGGUCAUAAUCUCUGUACAACAGUCUUGAUGAUAUACUUAUAUUACUUCUGUUUUGGUACCAAGUUAUAAGUAAAACAAUCAUCGAUCAUGCAUAGGUCUUUACCGAAAGUUAAGGAAGAACAAUUGAAUUUUUUUUAAAUGUGUCAAACUCUCCAUUGACUUGUGCCAUGUAGUAAGAGGAAGCUGAUAGAAUUCUUCAAUUUUUUUCUAAAUAUGUCAAACUCACCAUUGACUUGUGCCAUGUAGUAAGAGGAAGCUGAUAGAAUUCUUCAAUUUUUUUCUGGGACGUAAGGAACCAAGAAAGAAACUGAUUUGGGUGAAUUUAGUUCAUGAAACAGGGAAAAUCACAUUCUUAUGGGGAAUAGGUUUGUUCCGCAAAAAUAAACAAAGCAAAAAUCUUCAUGUGCUACAAAUAAUUGUCAUGGGAUUCUAUUUGAAAGUGCUAUGUGUGUAUAUGUGUUGUUACGCAUUAGCUUCUAUUGUGAGAAAUUAAUCUCUUGUAUUAAGUUAUGGCUCAUUCACACAGGACGAUACCAUAGAGAAAGACAAUAAUAAAGAUACAACACGCAAAAACAGUUUCCAAUUACAAUUAAUAAGAUUUAAUUUAGUAAUAAUACAAUUACAUAACAAAAGAAAUAUAAUUACAAACCAUCAUUUUACAGAGUAUUGGAAAAUCUUGUAUGGGUACACAAUUAGUACAAUGUGCCAAUUAAUAAUGAUGAAUGGGAAUAAACACAUGAGCACUCAAAGUAUAAUACAAUUGUCUCGUAAAGUUAAUAUCUCUCUGAAUCUUUGCCUCCGAGGCUGUCAAUCCCUUAUAUAUGUGGGUCUACCGAUGCGUCUAGAAACGCCUUUACUUUUCUAAUACAAUCCCGAACACUCGACAAAACACCACUGAGAACAAAUUAUUUUUAGUUGCAGUCGGCAAUAAACACGACAGAUCAAAAGACUAAGCCACGCCCAUCUAUGAAAGUAGUGUCUAAUAUGGGGGUCAACCUGAGUGCACGCACGAGGAAAGUGUUGUAAACAAGCUCUACAUAAGUGUCCUGGUGGUGUCUUUAAAAUACAGUACAUAACUUUUAUCCCCAGGUUGAUGAGAACAUGAAAACGGCAUUCAAAAGGGAUGCAGUUAUCAAAGACAAGUUUUACUUCCGUAAAGAUGUCUUGACAGGUAAAUUCAUACCAUUUUUUUAUAUGGAUCCUGUCUUGUGAUUCUGGCGUUUGUGAAACAUCUGUUAUUUUCGGUACAACACACAACUACAAAGCAAACAUUAGAAAGCCGAUUUGAUGUUAAGUUGUAUUUUGUUUUGUUUUUCCAAUUUGUUUUGCAAUAUUAUUGCUAGUGCAUCAUUAGCUCACUCCUGCCUAACCUUUUUGCAAUGUAAACUUCCUGUACGAUGCAAACUUCCUGUACGAUGAAAACUUCCUGUACCGCCAGGAAAAGUUAUAAAUGGAUUCAUCUUUAAUUAUAAUUUGGUAAUAAGAUGAAAUAAGAUUAAGGGCGGAUGUUUUUUCCCCUCAAAAUGGCUUUGAAUUAAGAUAUAUGAAGUUGAAUGCCAGGAAAAUUCUCACAAGCUUCUGCCAUCGCCAGGCUGGUAUGGGCAGUAGUGUGUGGUAAUCUGAUGAGUGUGUUGGGCAGAAGUGGGUUAAUGGAGUCUUAAAGGUAGUUUCUCAAGCUGAGAAUCCUUUGAUCUAAUUUUUAAAAAAAAAUCUUAAGAUAUUGUUUUAUGCAUCGCUGCAGAGUCCACCCCUCCAGAAUGUGUGUCUCAGUGCGGCAGCUCAGCAUGUCAUGAGAUCAGAGAGCAGUAUGAGGAGAUGACCAUAAAUGAAAUUUUCCAUGGGAAGGUAAGAGUUACUGCCAUUGUGGCAUGGUUUUAACUAAGUUCAUCACUACUACGUUAAUGACUUCAAUUUUUUGGACUUUUAUUUUGUGGCAUUUCAAGCCAUGUUAAUUACCUUUUCAUUUCUUAAAAAUUAAGCAUUAAUUUUUGUAUUUAUCCUUUAUUAUGAUCAAUUUUCAUAAAAAUGUACAUUAUUCUUUUUUUUUUUAAAAAGUAAAUACUUUCCACAAAGUUAAAUCCUAAUAGUUGAUUGUGUACCCAACCUUAGGAUGACUUUCCAGGUCUGCUGGCCUUGAUCAACUUGUACAUGGACAGCAUAGAGAUUGAUGUAGACACUCGGUGUACCAUCACCCAGUAUCUGAAACUGAUUUCUCAAAGAGCUUCAGGUAUGGGGACUUUAAAAAAAAAUAGAUUAUGUUAAGGAUUUUUUUUCAAUUGCAAUAAAAAGUAUGAUGAUACAGGUAGAGUCUCAGCCAGCAUAAAUAAGGAAAUGUGAAGCACCCCGAGGAUGAAAAAAAAAAACUUGUGAGAAAAAACAAAAGGCACAACGAAGAUUUCAGUUGGGGCCUCUCUCAAUCUUUCACAUACUUGGGUUUGACAUAUUUCCUCAAUAAAAACAAGGAUUUCACUCACUUUCAGAGACAUUUGAGCUAGACUUGUAUUCAUUUGAAUUUCUUUGACUUAACAUUUGCAUUAAAUUACAUUAAAAAAAUUAUUUGACUUAGAAUAUAAAAAUUAAUUGAAUAAUUUUGUUCAUUUCUGUAAGUGAAUUUCUUUUCAACUCUGUAAGUGAAUUUCUUUUCAACUCUGUAAGUGAAUUUCUUUUAAAAUUUGUAAGUGAAUUUCUUUCCCAUUCUUAACUUUAUUUCUUUCCCACUCUGUAAGUGAAUUUAUUUCCCACUCUGUAAACAGGUCAGCUAGUUACCAGUGCCAGGUGGAUGCGUAACUUUGUCACACAGCAUCCAGAAUAUAAAAAAGACUCUGUUGUCUCAGACUCCAUUACCUACGACCUCUUGUCCCGCAUCGUGAAGAUUGCUGGUGGUAAAGAGAAUGACCCGACCCAUCUGUUUGACUACACGACAAAGUCGGCCGACAGAAUCCCCGAGGCCCUGUCCCAGGCGGAGGCCUACUUGAACAAGAAGGCCCAACAGGGUGGCCUCACAAAUGUCUGUAACCCAAUUCCAAAUGGGAAUUGAGUGUUUUCUUAUUCCAUUUUGUGAUGUGAUACGAACAUGGUAGGGUGAUGCUAUGUGAAGGCUGCAUUGGAUGCUGUGCGAGAUUAAGUGUGGAUUUUUAAAAAAUUAAUUUUUGAGGAUGGUAGAUAAAUGAAUGGUGCCGUUGAUUUGAUUUCAUGAUUGAACUGAGGUUUGAAGGGAAUUGUUGGGUAGCAGAUAAAAUGGCAGCUCAGGAGUAUGGUAAGCAACAGUAGAAUUAUUUACUUCCCAACAAUUUAUCACCAAAGGUGAAGCCAACAUAAUUAUUUUUGUUUGAAUUUUCAAAUACUUGUUGAAAAUUAUAUUUGUAUUAUACUUUUUUUUUAAAUUUGACAUAAUGAAUAUUGCAUUUGUCAGAAAAUGAUGUAUGGGACAGAGACUCUUCUAAAAGAAAGUUUAUUAGUCCCAUAUGUAGUAAAUAUAGAUAUAUUUUGUUAAAAUACCAAUUUGUUAAUUUGGAUUGUUUUUUUGGAAUAGUGGUUCUCAUUCUUGUUUAAAGUAUGUACACCUUGAUUACACAUUAGAACACUGUGUCCUAAGAAAUUUUUGCAAUGACUCUAGCUAGGCCUAUAUUUUUGUUUUGAUAACUUAUUUACAAAUUCAUAAAUCUCAGUUCAAAAUAUUUCAUCCAGGAUACAUAUAUUUUCAUAGUGCUCAGAAAUAAGUUCAUUCAGUCAAAAAAAAAUGUUGGGCUGCACUGCUUUGUGUGAUUGGUUAUCACAAAUUCUUAUGCAAUGUUUAUUUUGAAAGAAACCAGAGAGGGAGAGACCCAUAGGUUAAUUCCAAUGGUUAUUUAUAUGAGAUUUAAAUCGAAUAUAAAUAGUUUCCAAUAUCACCUUUAAAAAAAUGAUAUACCAGGGAACUAAGAUGAUGAUAUACUUGGGACCCAAGAUAAAAUUUGUGGAUAAUCAUUAUCUCAUUUUUUUUUAAAAAGUUGUUUGAAAUUGUAUUUCCAAUUAGCCCUGUCUCAUCUUGAACGCUUUUCUUGACUUUGACCUAAUUAAAAAGUGGGCCAUUCAGUCUACUGAAACUUUAUCUAAAUUUACCCUUGGACUACAUUGUAUUUUAGUCUGAUUUUAUUUGCUGUUAACCAUAACAUACCUCUUGACAGGAUCCUGGCCAGUUUGUUUGCAUAAUUGUCGCCAUUGACAAAUACAGAGAUGAGCACUUUACACAAUAUUGGCUUGUGUGUUUGCAUUCACUCAAGUUCAAUGCUAGUUCAUAACUUUUCAGCAUCAUUUUUAAUUGAUGCCAGUAUUUUUUUUAGUUUAAAUAUUUCUGUUCAUUGCAAGUCCUGUAAGUUUUCAACUUUUAGUUAAAUGCAAGUUUUAAAUAACUUUUAUUACUAACUUUUCUAUUACUAACAGAUUUUGCUUCUAUCAUUUGUCAGGUCACUGGUUUAUUCAUGGUUUUAUAUCAUGCAGAAGUUGUCUAGUACUAGUAAAAAAAAAUGCACCAUUUUUAAAAAUUUGUAUAAUUAUAUUACUUUUGAAUAUCAACACAGCAAGCUUCAUCCCACCUAAUAUACACAGUAUACACAAAAUGUUCUAAUGUACAUUUUUAAGACAUAAUAGAGAUAAAAGAUAUAAAAAGUAUUUUAUAACCUUUCAGCUAAAGCUUUAUGAUGUAAACUAAAUGUUAGAAGAGUUUUGGAAAAUAAAUUUAAAAGAUGAGAAUGCACACAAAGCUGAUUUUAGUAGCAUCUUAAUUGUUGAGGAUCUCAAAUUGUAAAAAAAAAAUUAUUUUUUUCCCUCUAAUAAUUCAUAAAUAAGUUAAGCACAAUAUCAUUGCAGCAAUGUUUGUAUUUUUCAUAAAGCAUUUCGUCACAUCCAUACACAUGCUGCAUAUAUAUAUUUUAUAUACUAGUUUCAACCCUCAUCUAUAGCCCUUGACAUAUCAUCAGGGCUUUCAGCACUAAAAAUUCUUCUGGUACCUUUUUGGGUGGGAUUCAAGGUGCCACUUCACAAGUCACCUCAGAUCCAAGAGUGGCACAUUGGACGUUUAAACGUCUUUUUACCUUUUUCUCAUCAAUAAAAGUAACAUGUGCUGUGAAAAGUUUUUUUUAAAAUUAUAUAAAAGAUGUUCGAAUCAUAGCUUGGAGUCUCUCUUUCAAGUUUGGUGAACAAGUAGUUUCAAACAUAGAAACUUGCUUGCAUACCCUUCAUAGUCUUUGGCUACACAAUCACUGGUUCUCCACUUUUUACCACAGGUAAUUUAUUCAGGUAUUCAUGUGAUAUCCAAUACAGCCACCUCAAUAGCUCACUCUCAAUUUCAACGCCAUUCUGUGGAUUUCUACUCUGGGCUCAAGGAAUUUUAUUAUUAUUGGUUCUCUAUUCUGGUCCAAAGAUAAUCCAUUUAAUCAGUUCCAAUUUCUAACCCAAAUCUUUUUUUUCCCCAAAUUUUUCUAAAUUUAAUUCAAAGAUACUCCUUGCUGGUUGCUUUGUAUUCUAUACAAUUCAUGUUACAGCUUCUUGCUGGUUGUUUUGUAUUCUGUACAAUUCAUGUUUCAGCUUCUUGCUGGUUGUUAUGUAUUCCUACAGCUUCUUGCUGGUUGUUUUGCAUUCUGUACAAUUCAUGUUACAGCUUCUUGCUGGUUGUUUUGUACUCUAUACAUCAAUGUUUCAGCUUCUUGCUGGUUGUUUUGUAUUCUGUACAAUUCAUGUUUCAGCUUCAUGUUAAUGUAUCAUGGAAUUAGAAACAAAAUUACUUUUUUUUUGUCAAGAUAUGUUGUGGUUGGUACCAUCACUAAAGGUUUGUUUAGUACCAAUCACUAAAGGUUUGUUUUGUACCAAUGUAAUGCACCUGUAACACAUUGUUGAUGUAUUUUGUAAAGAAAUAAUUCACCAUAAAAUCUCAGUUGGAAAUCUGCAGGUGCUUUUUAUGGAAGCUUUACACUGUCCAUUUUAAUUUCAUUUGAUAUCAAUUCAUGUCUUGCAUUCUUUUUUUUUUUUACAGCAGCAAGGGAUAAGGUGUCUUGAGAUUGCUUUUCCAGUCAGUCUAAUCAUUCAGACACAUAAUCCAGUUUUUGAAAAUGUCCAUAAGAUAUUAGUCAAACCUCAUUGAAGUAGUUUUAUCGGUGAUAAAUAAGAAUUCUGCCAUGUUGCCAUUAUCCUGUUCUGACAGUCUUGGUUGAUAACCAAGUUUCAGAUCUUCAGUUCAAAUGUAAAUCUCAAAGCUUUAUAUGAUUCUUCUCAGAAUUGUUAUGAAUUUAUCAAUUACAAUAAUAUAUUAUAUUGGUUGCCAUUUUUUUUAAACUCCCAAGUUAGCCAAUUAAUAUAAAACAUAAAAUUAUGUCAUUAAAAUUUUUUUAAGGUAAUAAAACUUGUGUUUGUCAAAUUUUGUAAAGGAUUUGAACAUUGUAUUUAUGAUGUAUACCAAAGGUUG